GAUGACUCUCUAAUUUCUUUCAAAAUAUAUGUAUGUGUGAACGAAUUAUUGCAAGAAAAGAGAAGAGUCGAUUAUAUUUAUGGCAAGUGGAGGAGGAGGUGUUGAGAAAAACCCAACGUGGGUGGUUGCUAUAGUUUGCAGCUGCAUUGUUGUCAUUUCUCUUGCUUUUGAACGCUCCCUCCAUUACCUCGGCAAGUUUUUGAAGAGAAAGAACCAGAAAUCUCUUUAUGAAGCCUUGCUAAAGAUCAAAGAAGAGUUGAUGUUAUUGGGGUUCAUAUCACUGCUACUGACUGUUUUUGAAAAUGUGAUUACGGAUGGGAUCUGCAUACCUAAAGAUUUAGCAAAUAAAUGGUUGCCUUGCAAGAAUGAUACU